AUGGUUGGUUUAGAAAAUUUCGAGCUGGCUGGCAUCAAAAGCUACACUCGCUUCUGGGGACUCCUAAUGUUCGGAUCGUACUCAGUGAUUAAUGUGAUCGUCCUACUGAAUCUCCUCAUUGCUAUGAUGUCCAAUUCAUAUGCUAUGAUUGAUGAACAUUCAGACGUGGAGUGGAAGUUUGCUCGCACUCGUCUGUGGAUGAGUUAUUUUGAAGAGAGUGCCACUUUGCCUCCUCCAUUUAAUAUCUUUCCUACUCCGAAAAUCGUGAUGAAACUGUUUGGUUUAAGAAAGAAGAAUGAACCAAAUAAGAUGAAGGAACAAAAAGCAAUCGAUGAUGUCCGAUACACUGCGGUGAUGCGAGCUCUCGUGUGGCGAUAUGUAUCAGCUAUGCACAGACGAAUGGUCGAGGACCCUGUAACAGAAGAUGACAUCAACGAACUAAAAGGGGAUGUCUCAGCGUUAAGAUACGAACUUCUAGAUGUAUUUGAGAAGAACGGAAUGGAUGUAUCAUUCACUGAUAGGAAGGAGAAGACUGUGCUAGCAAAACGCAUGAAGAUUUGGGAACGUCGUCUGAUGAAGGAUUUCCAAGUGAUACCCGUAUCUGUGGAGGAGGAUGGGAAGCCAGUGCACGAGGACAGUCUCGCUAGGUUUAGGAGGAUUGCCAAGAUGGCUGCGGCUGCAGCUUCAGGGUCUAAAUGGGAUCAAACCCUCGCUGCGACUGGCAUAUCAUCUCAAAUCGGUCGGUGUCGCACGCGCCAGUCGUUUACUAACCAACGAAAUUUGCAACGAGCUAUUGAGCAGGCAAAGAAACUGGCGUUGCAUGCACCUAUGCCUGUUUCAAGGGCUACUACCCCCGUGGACAUGCCCCAAGCGCCAGGACAAUCGAUCCUGGAACUGAUCAAGGAUAUAUCAACUGAGAUUAAUGAGCAGAACUGCUCCGGUAUCAGCGUGCCAAAGUCUCCUUUUAGAGAAGCAGAUCCCAGUGCAUCAGUACCAACAGUCAGACUGCUAACGCCCAAUGGAAUACAAAGCAGACCAAUAUCACCUAUUCCGAGAGCAUCAAAGAUUACAACAACAACUGCCAUGAUCCUAGCUCGUAGCCUGAGUCCAGUCGAUAGACCGAAUAGCCCGAAUGGAAGUGAAAGAUUUCAACCAGAACCAAGCCCUCUUAAAGCCAAGCGGGUUCCUGGUGGGGUAUCUCCACCGAGGGUUGUGAAGAAAAAGCCUCCAGUGCCACCUGUACCGGAAAAGAAUACGACAGAUAGCAGAUCUCAAGAUAAGUCGUUAGACGCGAUCGUGGUUGCUCGUCCUGUCGCAUUGGAUAUAAAGCCAACUAGAGAUGCUCUCCCACCACCACCGUAUACUAAAUACAAGCCAUCGCUAGAAGCGGGAUCUAGUUUUAAACAACCAGUGCCAGCACCUAGAUCGAGGUCACCGUCUCCUAAGCCAGGACCCAUUCAGAGUACAAACGCAAAUUCAUCUAAACUUUUAACAUCAGUCAGUACGGAACUUCUCAUUCCCCCGGAAUCUCCAGUAGCUCUUCCCCCGGGAAAGAAGAUUGAAGACGUCAACACUAUCAAACGUCAGCCUAAGACCGGAUGGCUA